AUGGUGAAGCUUACGAAACGGACGCAAGCGCUUUUAGGGCUGGGAGCGUUUGGUGGCGGGCUGGCAUAUUACUAUUGCUAUUUGAAUAAUCAAUGUCCGAGGAACUCUAAGUCGUACCGGCUGAAGAAUGAUGUUUCAGUAACGCCAACAAAUAAGAGUUGCAGUUGCAGCUCUAAGCUAGUUAAAAAAGAACGAUUACACCAAAUCGACGAGGCAGAUGAGGCUGAGUUCAGAGAAUACCCGAAGCCGAGUCACAACGUGUUCCUCAUAAGGCACGGGGAAUACGACGAAAAUGGUCAACUUACAGAGUUUGGUCAAUACCAGGCGAAACUAACAGCGGCGAGGCUGAACGCGAUGCACAUGCGAUGGCAAGAGCUGGUCUCGUCCACGAAGCUGCGAGCCCAAGAAACAGCUUCCAUCAUAGCUGACGAACAAGCCCAACAACUGGCCGUCAUAAGCUCCGAGCUCCUAGAUGAGACUAAUCUUGAUAAGUCUGCCAACAAAGAAAAAGUUGAGGAAGCGUAUAAACUUUACUUCCACCCACCCAUGGCUGACCAGAAGGACAAUACGUACACCAUACUUGUGGGACACGGAAACGUAUUUCGAUACUUUAUUUGCAGGGCCCUCGGGUGUCCCGUAGAGAACUACCUGCGCAUAACCCUGCACCACGGGUCCAUCACAUGGAUUACGAUCAAGCCUAAUGGCUACGAGAAAGUCUGGAGUGUCGGCGAAAUUAGUCACAUGCCGCGGAAGAAUAUGUCCUACUCCAAUAUAUUUAAAGCUCCUAUUUCGUAA